GAAGACAAUUCUAGUAGAAAUUCCGGUGAUGUCAGCAGAGAGACAUACAGAGUACAGACCGAGAAACUUUAGAAGACAGAGAGCGGGAGAGGCGCCCAGGAGCUGAGAGGAAUUUUAAAUUUUUAUAAUGGAGGCUCCUCCAGUAACCUCGAUGCCUGUAUCAGGUGGAACUAUCAACAUGAUGGAGUAUUUACUGCAAGGAAGUAUCCUAGACCAAGGCCUGGAGAGUCUCCUCCACAGAUUACGUGGACUGUGCGACAGCGCGGAAGAGACCUUUUCUGAUCAUGAGAGUGUUUAUCUUCUGAAGGGCCAGCAGGCCAGCCCUUUUGUUCUACGAGCACGACGCUCCCUGGACAGGCCAGGGGCUCCAUGGCACCUUCGUUACCUGGGCCAACCAGAGUCUGGAGACCGUAGUCGACAUGCACUGGUGCGCAACUGCGUGGAUAUUUCUACCUCAGAAGUCCUGCCAGAAUUCCUGCAGGAAAUGGGCUUUCGAAUGGACCAUGAGUUUGUGGCACGUGGACACAUGUUCCGUAAGGGUGCCAUGAAAGUGGCAGUGUACAAGGUGUGUCGGGUACUUGUGUCUGGUGCUCCUGAGGGAACUGAGCCUUUGUCAUUGUCUUAUCUGGUAGAACUUAGUGCAGUGGCACCAGCUGGACAGGACUCUGUGGCUGAUGAGGUUAGAAACUUUGCUGAGCAGCUGAGGCCAUUGGUGCAGCUGGAGAAGAUUGACCCAAAACGAGUAAUGUGAAGAGAAUUAAUUUUCAAUGUGAAACUCUCUUUGGCAGCUAAAGGAUUAUAUGGCAUGCUUGGCUGUGCAAUCUGACUUGAAAUGGCUUUUACUUCUAUGUUGAACUAAUUGUGUAGUUGAGUUUUUUGGUUUUUUUCUUUUUUCCUAAUGUAAAGUGGUCAUCUUACUAAAUGUUAUAGCUUAA